CAGAAAACGGGUAUUACCUGAAACCUGUCUCUGUCCAAGUUCACAACUGGUGCUAGCAGUCUGCAUGCUCGUACAGCGUCUUUCAGGGCGGCGAGAUGGGGAUCUUGUAGUGUUAGUUUCCGCGCUAUAUCCGCGCUUUGUACGACGACAAGGCAUGAGACAGAUGCCAUUCGUACAGCUACGAGGCUCUGCAACCUGUGUAGUUUCAACGACUAACGUUUGAUUCGUGAUGAACGCACAAUAUAUAUCCCUCACCUACGAAGCGUGCAAAUUCAACCACCGCGCGUUGUCCCACGUUGGCUCAAAGGAGCAACAACACACACCGACAACGUAUCCGUAGGUGGCGCUAUAAGCCUAUUUUUUUGCGUGUUUCUUGCUGGUAUCACAAUUUCGCUGUAACAUAAUUCUGAUUAGAUAUAUUCUAAUCAGGUAUCAAUUACGUAACUGGAAAACACAUUACGUUAUAAAAUGCAAAGAAGGUUACAAAGCAGGAGUGAUAAAAUCGGUCUUUCCUAGCAGCCUCACAAGACCGCGCCGAGUGCGCGAAAGUAUCAUUGCUUCAUUCUCACGUCUUGUCAAGCUCAGCUUUUCAACUUGGCAGAACGGUGACAGCCUAAUGUAACCAAGCGUGAAGCGAUGUAAAGGGUCAUCAGUGAAAGAACCGAGGGAGAGAUGUUCAUCUGGAAAAGCCCACCCGACAACCUCCUCCAACACAUUUCUGCGUAGCCAUGUGACAAGGUCCGUCCACAGAACGAACCAGCCGCAGUGAAGGACACGAUGCCAAAUCUACGCUACUUCCAGUGCCCCAGAUGCCAACACAGGGCAUUUACUUUGAACUCACUGCUGCGUCACCUAUCCUCAUCUCAUGGCUGUGAGAGGAAUUGGGCUUGUGAUCUGGGAAAAUGUGCCAGAACCUAUACAUCGUUGUCUCGUUUCCGAGAGCACCUACUCAAAACGCACAGUAGUGACCAACCUCAGUGCGUCGAUUCUUCUAGUGUGCAACCUGAUACCAACGUUGAGCAUGUGGACAACAUGGAGAGCAGUGAUGAUGAUAAUGCAGAAGCUAUCCCUCAAUCGGCUCAACAAAAUGCUUCAGCUGAUCUACCAUCCACAAGUACUGCAAGCACAAGUACUUUGCGGCCAACCACUGAACGACAAAAUCCUGUGAAAGAAUUCGCAAUGCUCCUAUUGAAAUGGAAAGAAGCAAAGAAGCUACCAGAGUCAACGCUUAACGAGAUUGCAAACGACAUGUUCAAUUUUUUCAAUGAUUGUGGGCCACAGCUUUUUUCUGCACAAGGUAGUGAUGUGGAACCAUCUGUGAAUAGUGAAAUGGGGCAACUUUUGACAAAAAAAGGUCGUGAACGCUUUUGGACUGGUGCCCUUCCAUAUGUUGAGCCAGUCACAGUGACCUUAAAUGAAGCUGGCGAAGCACGAGUAAGCUUCCAGUACGUGCCCAUCUUGGAGGUGUUGAGACACUACGUCGAAUGGCUUGACAAUUCAUUCACCAGUGACCCAUGCAGGUUUGCUGACACCUUAAGCUCAGUGUUUGAUGCAUCAGCCUUUGCAAGCCAUGAGUAUUUCUGUGGGGAUCGGGAAAAGUUGUGCAUCCAGCUUUACACCGAUGAAUUUGAGGUGUGCAAUCCCAUCGGUGCACAAAGACAAAAACACAAGCUCAUGGCUGUGUACUAUACUUUGCUAAAUGUACCAUCACGCUUGAGAGCACAACUUUCACACAUCCAUUUGGCUCUCUUAUGUAAAGAAAAGCACAUUCAAAAGUACGGGUUUGACAGAGUACUGGAACGGCUGCACCAGGAUAUUGCCCACCUGGAAACUGAAGGUAUCACGGUUCACAACAAAAUGAUUACUGGAAGCGUAUUCUGCCUCUCAGGUGACAAUCUCUCAAGCCAUCGGAUUGGUGGGUUCAAGGCAAGCUUUAACCACGGACACAUUUGUCGAUUUUGCAUGGCUCUACAUCAUGAAAUUCGAACAAAACACAAAGAACAGGACUUCGUGUUGCGCACUCCAGCACUCCACAAGUUCCACUUGGACAUGCUUCGUGGGGGUGUUGCAACGUUGCCUCUUUAUGGCCUUAAAGCACCAUCUGCAGUUCACACAAAGGGAUUUCAUCCCACUGAACACUUGCCACCUGACGUAAUGCAUGACUUGCACGAAGGUGUCAUACCGUUUGUGUUGCGCCACUUUAUAAGAUACUUCAUCUCCCAGAGACUGUUCAGCCUUGAUGUACUGAAUGAGCGCAUCUUAAAUUUUGCUUAUGACCAGUGUGACAAGAAAAACAAACCUGAGCCAAUCUCCCAGCACUUUUUGUCUAGUGGAGGAGUAAUGAGAGGUUGCGAAAGACUGUCAAUUGGUCAACCGAGCGAUCCUGUGGCCUGCACCGGAAGCGUACCCGGAAUACGAAAGGAAUAUGGGGAGAUAGUUGCUACCUCUGCCAUGCAAAUCCGUACUCCAAGUGACAUGUGGAAAAAGAUCCCUGGAGCAGACCGAAACGUCUUGUGCGUCCGUCGAGAAGUCCCGACGCAGGAAUGUUGGAGGCCCAUCAUUCAAGACACAGAGGUAGAGAUCUUCAAUGACGUCGCACCACAGAGACCCCUUGCCAUCCCGAUCACGGCUUCUCCACAUAGGAUGGUGCGUGUUCAUGUCACCAACUACAGGCUGGGGAUCACCCAAUCCACCAAGAGCCGACCGCAAGUCAUGCAUUGUCACGAGGACUGA